GGAAGCUCGGGCCACUCUGCAUCCCCGCGGAAAGGGGAGGCGGAGCAGCGGGGGCGGGCCGCCGGGAGCAGAAGGUUACUGCCAGCUCGGCUCGGGCUGGGCUCGGGUUUUGGCAGCUGACUUUGAGAGCCGUCUGAGAAGUGUUUUGUUGGUUUUUUUUCUUCAAAGUCAAAUGGCUGGCGUAGAGGCAUAACCCGCCUCCUGUCUUCGGAUCUGUGCUUGGUUCUUCUCUUGCAUCUUGGGACUUGUGACCAUCAUGCUGUGAUGUGUGCCCAGAGAGAAACUGACAUUUCCCAAGACUCAGUUAAAGUUCUGUCUCUUGGGCAGCGUACCCUACUUUUGUCUUCCCGUCUCAUGUCAUGUAUCCUCAUAAGAUGUUCUAGUUCCAUAAAGAUCACCUAUGCAACCUGGAUCUCACCGCAUUUUGGACAUGACCGAGCCUCUUCAAUGGGCCAGGUAUCACUGGCAGCGGCUGAUCGGCCGUACGAACACAGACGAUGACGAGAGACCAUACAGCUAUUCCUCUCUGCUUGCCUGCGGGGGCAAGUCCUCCCAGACCCCCAAACUGGCAGGAAAGCAUCGGGUUGUUGUUCCCCACCUCCAGCUCUUCAAGGAGGAGUAUGAAAAGUUCUGUGGAACCUACGUGAAUAACAGAAUACGGACAACAAAGUACACGCUGUUGAAUUUUGUGCCAAGAAAUUUGUUUGAACAAUUUCACAGAGUCGCCAAUUUAUAUUUCCUGUUUCUAGUUGUUCUGAACUGGGUGCCUUUGGUAGAAGCCUUCCAAAAGGAAAUUACUAUGCUGCCUCUGGUGGUUGUCCUUACAAUUAUUGCAAUUAAAGAUGGCUUGGAAGAUUACCGAAAAUACAAAAUUGACAAACAGAUCAACAACCUAGUAACUAAAGUUUAUAGUAGGAAAGAGAAAAAAUAUGUGGACAGAUGCUGGAAAGAUGUUACUGUUGGGGACUUUAUUCACCUUUCCUGUAAUGAGAUCAUUCCUGCAGAUAUGGUUUUACUCUUUUCCACUGAUCCAGAUGGAAUCUGUCACAUUGAGACUUCUGGUCUUGAUGGAGAGAGCAAUUUAAAACAGAAGCAGGUGGUUCGGAGAUAUGCAGAGCAGGACUCUGAAGUUGAUCCUGAGAAAUUCUCCAGUAGGAUAGAAUGUGAAAGUCCAAACAAUGACCUCAACAGAUUCCGAGGCUUCCUAGAACAUUCCAACAAAGAACGCGUGGGUCUCAGUAAAGAGAAUUUAUUACUUAGAGGAUGCACCAUUAGAAACACAGAGGCUGUCAUGGGCAUUGUGGUUUAUGCAGGCCAUGAAACCAAAGCAAUGCUGAACAACAGCGGACCAAGAUAUAAGCGCAGCAAAUUAGAAAGAAGAGCAAAUACAGAUGUCCUCUGGUGUGUCCUGCUUUUGCUUAUAAUGUGUUUAACUGGUGCAUUGGGUCAUGGAAUCUGGUUGAGCAGAUAUGAAAACAUACCCUUUUUUAAUAUCCCUGAGCCAGAUGGACAUAUCAUAUCACCAGUGUUGGCAGGUUUCUAUAUGUUUUGGACCAUGAUCAUUUUGUUACAGGUCUUGAUUCCCAUUUCUCUCUAUGUUUCCAUUGAAAUUGUGAAGCUUGGACAGAUAUAUUUUAUUCAAAGCGAUGUGGAUUUCUACAAUGAGAAAAUGGGUUCUACUGUUCAGUGCCGAGCCCUGAACAUCACUGAGGAUCUUGGACAGAUUCAGUACCUCUUUUCUGAUAAAACAGGAACCCUCACUGAGAAUAAGAUGGUUUUUCGAAGAUGUAGUGUGGCAGGCUUUGAUUACUGCCAUGAAGAAAAUGCCAAGAGGUUGGAAUCCUAUCAGGAAGCUGCCUCUGAAGAUGAAGAUCCCGCCGACACUCCCAGUGGCUCCCUCAGCAAUAUGGCGAAACCGAGGGCCCCCAGCUGCAGGACAGCUCACAGUCGGCCUUUAGGAAGUAUCUCCUCGAAUCAUCUUACCGGGAGCUGUUUCGCUCUAGAAAGUAGAGAAGGAGCCAGUGAAGUGCCUCAUUCCAGACAGGCUGCUUUCAGUAGCCCCAUUGAAACAGAUGUGGUACCAGACACCAGGCUUUUGGACAAGUUUAGUCAGAUUACACCUCUGCUCUUCACCCCAGCGGAUGAGACUAUCCCAGAUCCACCACUGGAGACUCUGUACAUCAUAGACUUCUUUAUUGCAUUGGCAAUUUGCAACACAGUAGUGGUUUCUGCUCCUAACCAGCCACGGCAAAAGGUCGGACUCUCUUCUCUGCGUGGAAUACCCAUUAAAUCUUUGGAAGAAAUUAAAAACCUCUUCCAGAGACUGUCUGUCCGAAGGUCGAGUUCACCAUCUCUUGCCAGUGGGAAAGAGCCAUCUGGAGUCCCAAACGCCUUUGUGAGCAGACUCUCUCUGUUUAAUAGAAUGAAACCAGCCUCACCUGUGGAGGAAGAGAUCUCCCAGACGAGUGAGAGCCUCCAGGGCUCUGAUGACUCAGCUUGUCCCACAGAAAUUGAGAAACAAAACAGCGAUGCAGGCAUCGCAAAUGGCAAGGUGGAAGCCCUCCCUGGACAGCCUUUGACCUCCAGCCUGUGUUAUGAGGCUGAGAGCCCCGAUGAAGCCGCCUUAGUGUACGCUGCCCGGGCUUACCAGUGCACUCUGCAGUCCCGGACCCCAGAGCAGGUCGUGGUGGACUUUGCUGCUUUGGGACCAUUAACAUUUCAACUCCUACACAUCCUGCCCUUUGACUCAGUAAGAAAAAGAAUGUCCGUGGUGGUCCGGCACCCCCUUUCCAACCAAGUGGUGGUAUAUACAAAGGGUGCUGAUUCCGCAAUCAUGGAGUUGCUCUCUGUGGCUUCCCCAGAUGGACCAGGUCUGGAAAAACAGCAGAUGAUGAUAAGGGAGAAAACCCAGAAGCACUUGGAUGACUACGCCAAACGAGGCCUGCGCACUCUGUGUAUAGCGAAGAGGGUCAUGAGUGACACUGAAUAUGCAGAGUGGCUGAGAAAUCAUUUUUUAGCUGAAACCAGCAUUGACAACAGGGAAGAAUUACUCCUUGAAUCUGCCAUGAGGUUGGAGAACAAACUAACUUUACUUGGUGCUACUGGCAUUGAAGAUCGUCUGCAGGAGGGGGUCCCUGAGGCUAUAGAAGCCCUUCACAAAGCUGGAAUCAAGAUCUGGAUGCUGACAGGGGACAAACAGGAGACAGCUGUCAAUAUUGCUUAUGCGUGCAAACUCCUGGAGCCGAAUGACAAGCUCUUCAUCCUCAAUACUGAAAGUAAGAAUGCCUGUGAGAUGCUGAUGGAUACAAUUUUGAAAGAACUUCAGAAGAACCCAGCUUCUCCAGAGCAAGCAUCGUUGAGUGCGAGUUUACACCAGCCUCCUCCCACCCUGCAGGGCUCAGGGCUUCGGGCUGCACUCAUUAUCACAGGGAAGACCCUGGAGUUUGCCCUGCAGGAGAGUCUGCAGAAGCAGUUCCUGGAGCUGACUGCUCGCUGCCAAGCUGUGGUCUGCUGCCGAGCCACGCCCCUGCAGAAGAGCGAGGUGGUAAAACUGGUUCGAAGCCACCUCCGGGUGAUGACCCUGGCCAUCGGUGACGGUGCCAACGAUGUCAGCAUGAUUCAAGUGGCAGACAUUGGCAUUGGCAUCUCUGGGCAGGAAGGCAUGCAGGCUGUGAUGGCCAGCGACUUUGCUGUUUCUCAGUUUAGACAUCUCAGCAAGCUCCUCCUUGUCCACGGGCACUGGUGUUAUACCCGACUUUCCAACAUGAUUCUGUAUUUUUUCUACAAGAACGUGGCCUACGUGAACCUCCUUUUCUGGUACCAGUUCUUUUGUGGGUUUUCAGGAACAUCCAUGACUGACUACUGGGUCUUGAUCUUCUUCAACCUCCUUUUCACAUCUGCACCUCCCGUCAUUUAUGGAGUCCUGGAGAAAGACGUGUCUGCAGAGACUCUCAUGCAGCUGCCCGAGCUCUACAGGAGUGGCCAGAGGUCAGAGGCAUACUUACCCCUCACCUUCUGGAUUACUUUGUUGGAUGCCUUUUAUCAGAGCCUGGUCUGCUUCUUUGUGCCUUACUAUACCUACCAGGGCUCAGACAUUGACAUCUUUACAUUUGGAAACCCCCUGAACACAGCUGCUCUCUUCGUCAUUCUCCUCCAUCUGGUGAUAGAAAGCAAGAGUUUGACUUGGAUCCACCUGCUGGUCAUCGUUGGGAGCAUCUUGUGCUAUUUUUGCUUUGCCUUGGCUUUUGGAGCCAUGUGUGUAACUUGCAACCCACCAUCCAACCCCUACUGGAUUAUGCAGGAGCACAUGGCAGAUCCAGUGUUCUACUUGGUUUGUGUUCUCACAACCUGUGUUGCUCUACUGCCCAGGUUUAUAUACAGAGUUCUUCAGGGAUCCCUCUUUCCAUCUCCAAUUCUGAGGGCAAAACACUUGGACAGACUUCCUGCAGAGGAGAGGAUUGAAGCUCUCAAGAAGUGGAGAGGGACUGGGCAGAUGGAUCAGUUGACAUCUAAGUAUGCUGACCACUCAGCUGUUGAGUCAGAGAGAAUACCCAUUUAUGACCCGUCUGCUGUCUUUGCAGUGAUGUCGGCAACUCCUUGUGCUGUUGAGAAAGGAAACUUACCUGUAUGUGAAACUGCUUUAGACUCGGACUUCUCUGAAACUAAGGCCUCAGGGAUGGCUGGACCCUCAAAGGAUUAAAAAAAGCAGGAUAUCCUUCUUGGAGAUGCCAGUAUUCCAUCAAGUUUGGGAAAGCAACUUUGAAGAGGCUCCUUUGCCAAAGCAGCAUGACUUGAUUUUUCCUUAAGGGACAAGAACAUUUUACUGGAAAUGUUUGGAAAAGCCUAUGUGAUGACUUUUACUGUUUGUUUGUGGAUCCAUGUGUAACGGACAUUAGAAUUUGACCUGGAGAGAGUUUAGAGAAGUGAAAUAUUUAAUUCAGAUUCAAAUGCUUUCAUGAAACUUUUUGGAUUUUGUGAAAGCAUUUUAGUUGUUCUAUAAAUGCAAAUAUUUUCAAGAGGAUUCAUUUGGGACAUAUAUUUAUUUGACUCUGCUCAGUGUUCUCCUGAGAUGGAGUCUUCCUGAGAAAGGGGCAGCGGGGAUGCCAGGGGUCCAUGGAGAUGCAUUCCUCUCUUGGCUUCUAGUCAAAAGAAGACUUUUUAUGAGGUCUGCCUCUACACAUGCUGUCAGUGAGGUGAUAGAGGCCAUAGGUAAGGAAAAUGGAAUCAGUUGAGUCCAGGCCACCUUGGCAAUUUCCUGUAUUCUAAAACUGACAGUAGCUGGAUCAAAAUGAGACAAUCAAAGCAGUCUUCAGGAGACCGUUUGAGGGUUUAUCGUCUUUACCCUAUAACUUUCCUGGCAUGCAAAUACUUUCAAGCUCUUUUCAACCUCUAAAAAUGAGGUAUUAUAAACUGACACUGAUACAGGUGAUUCUCAGGAGAAUUCUAUGAGGUUCUUAGAUUUGCUUUUAAUUACAUUUAGGACAUGAAAGUCUAUACCAAGUCCAUUGCUGUUGCAAAUCAUGUAUGCUGGCUUUAAUUGAAACAAGGAAACUAGUUUCUACCAUAACUGCCAGGUAUUAUUAUAAGAUCAUGUAUUCUUGUCGAGUUCUUUUAAAAUUCUGUAUCCAUUCAUCUGAAAAUUAUCAGCCAACCCAGAACUUCCUUCAUGAAAUCUCCAUGCUAAUGUUCUAUGUCUGUAUCAAGCUCUUCUUAAUGACUAUGCAGCUGUGUUCUCAGGGCUUAAGUUUCUACCUGUUGCCUACUGUUCUGGUCUGAUAUUUUUUGUAGCCUUCUAAUAUUAUUGCAAAUGGUCUUUUAUACAGACUGAUUUCUAGCAUAUCCAAAAUCCCAUAUGGCUAAUGGAGGUAGCUAUCUGCUUUCUUAUGAUUUUUUAAAACUUUUUAAUAAAUAACAUAUAUUAAAAGCUG